UUAGUAGAUUUCAGAUCGGCUUGUUUUCAUACCGAUCUAUACCGCUUAGUGUACUGUACACGUUUGUUUCGCUGGAUGAGAAAUGCAGCCGUCCGAUUUUGUCGCCGCGGUCCGUUUCGAUGACGCGCUUGAUCUGGUGGGCUUUGGUAGGGCACAGCUGGAGUUGACGCUACUAUGCUGUGUGAUCGUGAUGGCUACUAUCUGUGAGACGAUGGGCUUGAGCGUGAUUCUGCCGGCAGCCAAGUGCGAUAUUGAGUUGGACGCCGCCAACCAGGGGAUCCUCAGUGGUUCGACGUUUCUUGGAAUAGUGGCAUCAUCUUAUUUCUCCGGUUAUCUAUCCGAUACACUUGGGCGGAAGAAAGUGAUGCAGUGGGCAUUGUUUCUAGCAGCGGUUUGUGCGGUGGCUUCUAGCUUUACCAACGACUUCGUUACGAUGUUGAUAACGCGCUUGCUCGCGGGAAUUUGCGCGUCGGCACCCUCCGCAACGAUUUACGCCUAUUUGGGAGAGUUUUGCACGCCAUCCAAACGAGCUCAGGUGAUAGCGUUCACAUCUGUCUUUGCCAUGGCAACCAUGGCUUACAUCGCACUCACCGGCUGGUGGAUAUUGUCGUACGAUUGGAGCUGGGCCAUGAUCGCCGACUAUCAGUACCGGCCGUGGCGUUUACUUUUUAUUGUGUACACACUGCCAGGACUAGUGGCUGCGCUUCUGUUGAAUUUGUUUCCAGAAAGUCCCAAAUUCUUCGUCGCUCAAGGCAAAGUCGAUAGUGCUCUGACAGUUUUGCAGUAUUGUUAUCGAAAAAAUAAGGGAUCGCUUGAAGGAUUUUCAAUAUCCAAGUUACAGUCAGAAGAGAAUUCAUGUGCGAAAAAGCUGGGAGUGUUCGGUUCCUUAUGGCAACAGACAGUUCCCCUGUUCAAGUGGCCAUUGUUGCUAUACUUCGCCGUAUGUUGUCUGCAGCAGAUUAGUGCAUUUGCGGUAUAUGGAGGACUUGGUUUGUGGUACCCACAGUUAAUGAAUCAGGUUACUUCGGAAGAAACGGAUCUUACCGUUUGCACGAUCGUACAAAGUCCAGUGAAUGCUACCGAAAAUGAAUCCGAGGCAAAUGGUUGUUCGGCAGAAAUCAACACCGAAACGUUCAUCUACAUUCUAGUGAUGGGAAUCUUCGGAGCCGGAUGCUCUCUCCUGGUAACGCUUCUGCUGGGAAAAAUCAACCAACGCGUGAUGCUGGUGGCGAAUUUUCUCACAGCUGCCAUCGCUGGCGUCAUCCUGCAGUUCGUGACGAAUCGUUACCUCAUUGUUUUACUGUUUUGCACCGAGGUGGUACUGGGAGGCCUGUCCAUGGUGCUGGUAAAUACGUCAGCCGUUUCGAUUUUUCCCACCCACGUUCGGGCGAUGGCCGUUUCGCUCAGCAUGAUGAUGGCUAGGCUUAGCAGUUUCACAUUCAGCAGCAUUGUCGGACUCGUGAUGGACUCGAACUGUACCGCAACGAUGUAUAUGUUUUCGGCCUUUCUAGUGUUCGGUGCAGCGCUCACAAUGUUUUUACCGAGAUAGUUGGAUACGUUUUGUUUUUAUCGUUUGAGAUAAGUUUAAUGUUACAGUAAAUAUAAGUAUUCUGAACAACAGUACUACUUUCCCUGAGCGAGGAUUUCGUGUUAAGCUGUUGGCAACAGAAUAUAUUUGUAUGUUCGAAGUCAACAGUGGAUUAUAGAAUGUUAUCAGAGUGUAUAUAGAUCGUAGAGACCACCACACGAGUGUCACUUACGGGAAGCAUCUCCCAGUGAACGGCUGUUGAAGAUAAUAGUUGCCUGUGACACGAAAACGAUAUCCCACUCACUAUCGCAACCAUUCGACGUUAUUAGCGCUUUAUGUGUGUCAUUCGUGUGAAUAAAUUAAAUUCGUGUGUGGUUCGAAUUGUCGCAACUUUAUUGACGGAGUGUGUUCGAAAGUAAAAGAGCUUCUCGAGUGAAACAAAAAAAAAA